AGAUAUCGUUGUUUUUGGGUGGUUUUGGCUAUUUUAGACAGUUUGUCGUCAAUCUACAAGUGAAAAGGAGUAGUUCUCCAGUUUUAUAGUGAAAAAAAGCAAGUCGAAACCCGCAUGCCUAGGAGAAGUGCAGGAAGAAGCCCUGCUGUGAAAAAGGGAAAAAACACACCCAAGAAAUCAAAAAAAGAAGAGAAAAUGGACCAAGGUUCGCAACAGGGGCAACUGGUGCAACAGGGAAUCUCACAACAGGAUCAACAGUUGCAAGGAUCCCAACCGCAACAAAUUCAACAAGGGCAACUUGCUCUGCAUCAACCGCAGGUGUAUCAGGGGCCUCCACAACAACAACUGCAAUUACAGCAGGGGCUUCCAAUUCAGCAACAACAACUGCAGCAGGUGGUUCCAAUUCAGCAACAGCAACUGCAGCAGGUGGUUCAAAUGCAACCACAGCAGGUGUUUCAAGGACCCCCGCAAAUGCAGGUUCAAGAGCAAGGAUUCCAACAACAGCUGCAACAAAAACCCCUACAGCAGCAACAACAAUUGCAGCAAGGACUUCCGGAACUUCCAAUGCAGCAGUCUCAGCUGCAUCAGGAAUCUGCACAACAGCAGUUCCAGCUACAACAGGGUCUUCAACAACAGCUACAACAAGGGAUUCCACUUCAGCAAUCGCAAAUAUAUAUACAGGGACCCCCACAACAACAACUGCAGCUAGUCCAGGGACAACUGUAUCGGAGACCUCCAGCAGAGCAAAUCCAGGUGAACCAGGGACUUCCUUCACAGCAAUUUCAACCUUAUCCAAGACCUCUGCAACAACUGAAAACGCUCCAGGGACCUGAACAACAGUAUCUGUAUUCAGCUGCAGUUCAACAACAGCAAGGACUUGGAGGAAAACAGCGAGAAUUUCAACAACAAUCGCUACAACUGGAAAAAGAGGAUCAACAGACUGGAGAUUUGUUGCAUGUGCAGCAAUUGGAAGAAGCUCGUUGCAAUAAAUCCGACACAACGCAAAAGCGCUACUUUCAAAGCGUGCAAUACCAAACUCGUAGCAACACAAUGCACAACCAAAUCAAGAAAUUCGAGGAUCGAUUGACAGAGGUCGAAAAACAAUUAAAAUUUUUGAAAUUUACCGUCACUGAUUUGGAGAGAGAUAGAGAGAGGGAGAAGGAAAAAGCUCGAGAGAGAGAAAGACAAUUCGAAAAGGAAAGAAGAAAUCGAUAUUAACGUGCUCAAAUUUCAUUUUUAUUUUUAUUUAAUUUUUUUUAUUAGUAACGCUGAUUUUCUUCGAUGUUGAAAAAGGUUCAACUCCCUGAUGACUUUUAACUAAAAAUGUGUUUUGUUAUUUAAGAUAUAUCCCAUGUUAUUAGUCAAAAUUUUUUCUAAGCAUUAAUCAUAUCUUAAUAUAAAUUGUCUAUUAUUUCCAGAAUCAAUUUUUUAAUAUUCUUAGUAUCCAGAGAAAGAGUUUACACUAUUUUAUUUGACAAAUUUGUAAUUAGAAAUCAAAAUUUCAUAGACUUUUAAAUUUACUUUUCUCACAAUUUUUUAAUACAAUAUCUCUCGCGAGAUUUUUUUUUAAAUUAUUUAAUUUAAACGAAUGAUGGUUAAUUCUUUUUAGAAAAAUAUUCUUGUCAUCUUCACCGAACGAAUUAACGAAAAAGUUAACUCUUUCUCUGGAUAAUAAAAAUUGAUUCAGGAAAUAAAAAGGUACUAUUUAUUAAUUAAAACAUGUUCAAUACUUAGAAAAAGCUUUGACCAAUUUUGAGUAUAAGAAAAAUAUUAUUUUAUUUUGUUUCGCUUGCGUUUAUCUUUAUAUUGUGUUCAUGUAUUUUAGAAAAGGUUCAACCUUGUGAUAUGA